AUGCCCGUUCCUCGAAGCUCUUCCUAUGAUGCAUUUUCCGCCGGCUCGGACGACGACAUUCACGAUGCUGCUUUCGCCAGGCGGCGAUGCUGUUUCUGUUUCCCUAAUUUUCUGAAAAAAGAGCCAACUCUUGGCGGCGGCGGCGGAGGUGGUGGCGGGGGAUCGUCCGGAGCAUUCUGGAGACGAAUCAAGCCUUUGGAUUCGUCUUCACCGGCAGCGCCGUGGUGGUCAAAGAGCUGGAAGAAGGUUCGUGGGUUAUCGGAGGGGCCGAGGUGGAAGAAUUUGGUGCGGCGGUUUAAUGGACGGAAGCGGCAAGGGUACGGGAAAUUCAACUAUGACGCUACAAGCUACGCCCUUAAUUUCGACGAAGGACCCCUGGCCAAUGGCGUUGAUUACGACGAGGAUCUCCUCGGCCGCGGAUUCUCGGACAGGUUCUCGCUCCCGCCGUCGGCUAAGUCCUCCAUGGAUUUCGACAACGACGCGAAUCCGUUCAAUUUCAGCUGA